AUGGCGUUGCCCAGCCUACUGCUCCCCCUCCUCCUCGUCUCCUUCAGCGCUAGCGCCACCCAACCACCAAGCACGCUCCACGUCCCCGUCGUCCACCGCGACGCGGUCUUCCCGCCCGCGCCCGGAGCCACGCCGGGCGGCCUCCUCCUGCGCCGCCACGGAGCCGACGCCACCCACUACACCGUGCAGCUGGCGUCCCUCCACCCGACCGCCGCAGCCGACGACGACGACCGGCUCCGCUCCCCCGUCCUCUCGGGCCUCCCUUUCGACAGCGGCGAGUACUUCGCGGUCAUCGGCGUCGGCGACCCGUCCACGCGCGCGCUCGUCGUCAUCGACACCGGCAGCGACCUCAUCUGGCUCCAGUGCACGCCCUGCCGCCACUGCUACCGCCAGCUGACCCCGCUCUACGACCCGCGGAGCUCCAGCACGUACCGGCGGAUCCCCUGCGCCUCGCCGCGGUGCCGCGGCGUCCUCCGGUACCCCGGCUGCGACGCCCGCACCGGGGGCUGCGUGUACAUGGUGAUGUACGGCGACGGCUCCGCCUCCCGCGGCGACCUCGCCACCGACAGGCUCGUCUUCCCCAACGACACGCACGUCCACAACGUCACGCUCGGGUGCGGCCACGACAACGGGGGGCUGUUCGAGUCGGCGGCCGGGCUGCUCGGCGUCGCCCGGGGCAACCUGUCAUUCCCGACGCAGGUGGCGGCGGCCUACGGGCGCGUCUUCUCCUACUGCCUCGGCGACCGCAUGUCCCGCGCGAAGGACAGCUCCUCCUACCUCGUGUUCGGCCGCACGCCGGAGCUGCCGUCCACGGCGUUCACCCCGCUGCGGACGAACCCGCGGCGGCCGAGCCUCUACUACGUGGACAUGGUCGGAUUCAGCGUCGGCAACGAGCGUGUCACCGGAUUCUCCAAUGCCAGCCUCGCGCUGGACCCGGCGACCGGGCGUGGCGGCAUCGUGGUCGACUCCGGCACGGCCAUUUCGCGGUUCGCCCGGGACGCGUACGCGGCGGUGCGCGACGCCUUCAACUCGCGCGCGGCGGCCGGCGGGAUGCGGAAGCUGGCCACCAACUUCUCGGUGUUCGACGCGUGCUACGACCUCCACGGGAGAGGCCACGCGACGGUCCGCGUGCCCAGCAUCGUGCUGCACUUCGCCGGCGGCGUGGACAUGGCGCUGCCUCCGGCGAACUACCUCGUCCCCGUGGAGGGCAGCGAUCGCCGGACGUACUUCUGCCUGGGGCUCCAGGCGGCGGACGACGGCCUCAACGUGCUCGGCAACGUCCAGCAACAAGGGUUUGGGGUUGUGUUCGAUGUGGAGAGGGAAAGGAUCGGUUUCGCGCCAAACGGAUGCUCAGCCUGA